ACAAUGAAAGAAUAUCAGUUCCCAUGUUGUGAUCUUGACUUUUGGGGCUAUUUUAUGGUAUGUCUAUUGCUGGUGUCCCUUGCAGGCAUUGCAUCAGGCCUAGCUCUAGGACUACUGUCCUUCAGCCUAGUUGAUCUUGAGGUCCUCAUUAAGGCUGGUCUUCCAAAAGACAGAAAGAAUGCAGAAAGGAUUAGACCUUUUGUAAAGAAUGGACAUUUUGUGCUCUGUACCCUUCUUCUAGGAAAAUCACUGGCUAUGGAGGCACUGCCAAUUUUUAUGGACUCAAUCAUCCCUUCUUGGUUUACUAUUCUCAUGUCGGCACCCUUGGUGACUGUGUUUGCAGAGAUUUUACCUCAAGCUAUAUGCUCUCGACAUGGACUAACUUUAGGAGCCAAAAUGGCUCCCAUUGUUCAACUGCUUCUGCUGAUCUUCUUCCCCAUAACCUAUCCUGCUAGUAAGGUGCUGGAUUGGGCUCUAGGGAAAGAACAUUCAGUUCUUCUCAGAAGAUCUGAGUUGAAGACAUUUGUGGACUUACAUGCAAAUGAGGCAGGGAAAGGGGGAGAAUUGUCACACCAUGAAACUUCUAUAAUCACAGGUGCUAUAGAUUUGACUCAGAAGACAGCUAAAGAUGCAAUGACACCCAUAUCUCAAACUUUUUCUCUAGAUAUAAAUUCUAAACUUGACAUGCAUACAAUGACACAAAUAAUGAGCAAAGGUCACAGUCGAAUACCAAUCCAUUCUGGACACCCUAGAAGUAUCAUUGGCCUCAUAUUGGUUAAAAACUUGAUAUUCUGCCGCCCUGAGGAUGAGACAGCCAUAAAGAAUUUGAUUAUUAGGAAAAUUCCAAGGGUUUAUGAAAGUUGGCCACUAUAUGAGAUACUGAAUCAAUUCCAGAAGGGUCAUAGUCACAUGGCUAUUGUCUUGAAAUCCAACAAAGACUCAGAGAACACUACAACUCAUGCUGUGGGUGCACCCACCUAUUUUAAUAUAAUUACUCAUAAAACAUCAAAUUCGGCUCAUGCUGAAGCUGUUGCAGGUAACAACAUUUUACUUAAGAUGAAUUGCGAAACAAAAGUAGAAAAAAGUUAGAAUCUUGGUAGAGAAAAAAUCAUUUAUCUUUGUCAAUCUGGGACUUGCAGAAUCUGAUUCUUCCUUUGUCCUUGAAAUGAGUCAGAGAAGUUCUGCACAUGAAUCCUGUUUGAACUCCAGUGACGCGGAAUUUCAUAGCCCUACAUUAAGAAAUGUCAUGGAACUAGACUGUGAAGCGAGUCAAGAAAAUGAAUAUUUCUCACAAGAACAAAUAGACUCUAUUCAAGAUUUUAUUGAUGACGAGG